CCUGAUAUUACUCUAAUAUCUAAUGGUAUAGAAACAAACACAAAAUGGAACGUUCUCGGUGACAUUGGCAGUGACCACCUACCGAUUCAAUUAUGCAUUAAACUAGAUAACACUCAAGAUGAAAUACAAGAAGAAGACGGACCACUACUGUGGCAAUACACCAAAGCAGACUGCGCCCUUUUUGCCAAAACAGGUGACACCCUUUUAAAAGAAACCAAUAACUUGGUGAAUAAUUUCAGAACACUGGACCAGAAAUAUGACAAUUGGACAAACUGUGUGCUAAAGGCUGCGGCAACUGCCAUCCCUAGAUUACGUAAACACCACAAUAUAAAGACGCAAAAUUUGCAAAUCACAAAACUGUCUAAAAUGAGAAACCAUGCUCGAUCACUAGCACCAACAUCAAAGCUCAAUAGAUUGAUAUAUAAUAACCUAACAAGAAAGUUGAGGCUACUAUCCAUUAAACUGAAAAGGGAACAAAGGAAGAAACUCUGUGAAAAUAUCAACCUAAGGAAAAACCCAACAAAGGCUUGGGCAUUUGUUAAAAGACUAACUGGUGAAACAAAGAAAAAUAACCCCAGCCCAAUAGUCUCGGAAGGUAAAACCUAUGUUGAGGACAAAAGACGUGCGGAAAUCUUAAACAUUUUACAUCAGUGGGGAAAACAAAAAAAUGGUUAAAGACAAGUGGGUUACUAGACCAAGAAAGAAAAAGAAUGGAGAAGGAAAUAAAAAUAGAUGAUGCAAGCAUAAUGUCCUCUCCAUUUACUCAAAAUGAAAUACAGCGCGCAAUAGCCCAAUGUAAAAAAAACACUGCAGCUGGAGCUGAUAAAAUAUCAACAAACAUGCUAAAAAACAUAGGGCCCAAGACUAGAACUUAUUUACUAGACAUAAUAAAUGAAUCCUGGAAAAGAGGGGAGAUACCCAACAUUUGGCGACAUGCCAUAAUUACCCCGAUACUAAAGGAAGGAAAGAAUCCUACAGAGGCGGAAAACUGCCUACCAAUAUCAAUAACAUCAUGUGUUGGGAAAAUAGCGGAAAGAAUGGUCAACAACAGAAUGUACUGGUUCCUAGAAGGCUCUGAUCUAAUUCAUCCAGACCAGAGCGGUUUUAGACAUAACAGGCAAAGCAUAGACCAAGUAGUAAAAAUAAUCCUAAACAUACAGGAUGGAUUCCAAUCAAAAGAAAACACUGUG